GCUUUGCGGAGGCCCAGAAGGCGCUAGGAGGGCGGAGGCAGGAGUAACACCCACAGGGACUGCAUUUCCCAGAGGUCCCCGCGCGCCGCAUGCCACGUGACUGCCUGGCUGGCGCGCGCGCGCGCCCGGCGGUUCGGUCCCUAGCAGCGUUCUCGGUCGCUUCCCUCUGGACUGGCAGUCUCCCGGCCUCCGCAACUACGCGGCCCCGGCUGGAGCCGAACCAGAGCCAAGCUGCAGGCCGAGUCGGGGCCGGAACCGUACCCGCAGAGACGUGGAAACAAGGAGGCCCGAGCCGGCGUGCGCCACCCGGGGCUGCGGCGGCGACCGCGACUUCUCCUGACCCCUCUGCCACCCGCCUGUCCGCGGGUCCGUGGAUCUGGAGCAGAUCGCCCCAGCCGGCUGAGACAGGUUGUCUUGUGGAAAUGCAGGCUUAAGAACAAGUUACCUGCCAAACUAGAAGAUGGGAUCGAAUAGCAGCAGAAUCGGUGAUCUUCCUAAAAAUGAGUACUUGAAAAAAUUAUCAGGCACAGAAUCUGUCUCUGAGAAUGACCCGUUCUGGAACCAGCUUCUCUCGUUUUCUUUCCCUGCACCAACUAGCAGUACCGAAUUGAAACUCUUGGAGGAAGCAACCAUUUCAGUCUGCAGGUCACUAGUUGAAAACAAUCCUCGAACAGGAAAUCUUGGUGCACUAAUUAAGGUCUUCCUUUCUAGAACCAAAGAACUAAAACUUUCAGCAGAAUGUCAGAACCAUAUCUUCAUUUGGCAGACACACAAUGCUUUGUUUAUUAUUUGCUGUUUGCUGAAAGUGUUCAUCUGUGAAAUGUCAGAGGAGGAAUUACAACUUCAUUUUACUUAUGAAGAAAAAUCUCCUGGCAAUUACAGUUCUGACUCAGAAGAUCUUUUGGAAGAAUUGCUGUGCUGUCUGAUGCAGCUAAUUACUGAUAUUCCACUCUUAGAUAUUACAUAUGAAAUAUCAGUAGAAGCUAUAUCAACAAUGGUUGUUUUCCUUUCCUGCCAACUCUUCCACAAAGAAGUUUUACGACAGAGCAUCAGCCACAAGUAUUUGAUGCGAGGUCCUUGUCUUCCGUAUACCAGCAAACUUGUGAAGACCUUAUUGUAUAACUUUAUCAGACAAGAAAAGCCACCUCCUCCAGGAGCCCAUGUUUUCCCGCAACAAUCGGAUGGGGGAGGACUGCUUUAUGGACUUGCAUCAGGAGUAGCAACAGGACUCUGGACUGUCUUCACACUAGGUGGUGUGGGCAGCAAAGCGGCUGCGUCUCCAGAACUUUCUUCCCCUCUGGCCAACCAGAGUCUCCUGCUUCUGCUAGUGUUGGCCAAUCUGACAGAUGCCUCAGAUGUGCCAAACCCCUACAGACAGGCCAUUAUGUCCUUCAAGAAUACACAAGAUAGCAGUCCUUUCCCCUCAUCAAUUCCACAUGCCUUCCAGAUCAACUUUAAUAGUUUGUACACAGCUCUUUGUGAACAGCAGACAUCUGAUCAAGCAACUCUGCUCUUGUAUACAUUGCUCCAUCAAAAUAGUAAUAUUAGAACAUACAUGUUGGCUCGCACAGAUAUGGAAAAUCUUGUUUUACCAAUUCUUGAGAUUCUGUAUCAUGUUGAAGAAAGGAAUUCUCACCAUGUGUAUAUGGCCCUUAUAAUAUUGUUGAUCCUUACAGAAGAUGAUGGCUUCAACAGAUCCAUUCAUGAAGUGAUACUAAAGAAUAUUACUUGGUAUUCAGAACGAGUUUUAACUGAAAUCUCCUUGGGGAGUCUCCUGAUCCUGGUGGUAAUAAGAACCAUUCAGUACAACAUGACUAGGACGAGGGACAAAUACCUUCACACAAAUUGUUUGGCAGCUUUAGCAAAUAUGUCGGCACAGUUUCGUUCUCUCCAUCAGUAUGCUGCCCAGAGGAUCAUCAGUUAUACCUGCCGCCACUUGCGGAGAUAUGUUUAUGUGUUGGACAAACUGUAUUUCCCCCACUCUCACUGUUCUACGCUUCAGCAUUGCUUCUCGACCCUCAGUGACAAUGGAGAGGAACUCUUGUCUUUAACUUGCUCUCACAUUCUCAGAUCCUAUGCUUCCAGUUUAUUUUCUUUGCUGUCCAAAAAACACAACAAAGUUCUGGAACAAGCCACACAGUCCUUGAGAGGUUCGCUGAGUUCUAAUGAUGUUCCUCUACCAGAUUAUGCACAAGACCUAAAUGUCAUCGAAGAAGUGAUUCGAAUGAUGUUAGAGAUCAUCAACUCCUGCCUGACAAAUUCCCUUCACCACAACCCAAACUUGGUUUAUGCCCUGCUGUACAAACGCGAUCUCUUUGAACAAUUUCGAACUCAUCCUUCAUUUCAGGAUAUAAUGCAAAAUGUUGAUCUGGUGAUCACCUUCUUUAGCUCAAGGUUGCUGCAAGCUGGAGCUGAGCUGUCAGUGGAACGGGUCCUGGAAAUAAUUAAGCAAGGUGUCGUUGCACUGCCCAAAGACAGACUGAAGGUAACUUUAAUUGAGCACUUGCUCUAUACCAGGUGCUCUGAAAUUUCCAGAAUUGAAAUUCAAAUAUGUGGAAGAGGAGCAGCCUGAGGAGUUUUUUAUCCCCUAUGUCUGGUCUCUUGUCUACAACUCAGCAGUCGGCUUGUACUGGAACCCUCAGGCCAUCCAGCUGUUCACCAUGGAUUCCGACUGAGGGCAGGACGCUCUCCCGCCCGACCCCUCCAGCCAAGCAGCCCUUCACGUCAGUUCAUUUCUGGAUAACAGAAGCAGACAGACAGAUUGCCUGCGGUAUCUUCUGUUAAAGAGGAUUGCACAAGUGUGUUUUCCUCACACACUUUGAUUUGGAGAACUGGUGCCAGUUGGCAGUAGAUCACUCAGCGUAGAUAGUAGUGCAAAAAGGGGAGGAAAUACACAAUAAUAAAUGUAAAAACCUGCUAUUCAACAUGCAGUUUUAUUUCUAAGCCAAAAAUCUAGAGCUCUGCCAAGAUCCUGAUGCCUUAGGCACAUCACACUUCAGCAGUGCACACUAUUCAACAGUGUACACUAUUUUUUUUGCAUGUUCAAGAUAGUUGUUUUGGUCUUGUGUGUGUGUGAGAGAGAGAGAGAUUCCUUAACAUUAAGGAGCAUCAGUGAGAAAAGAUGAUGAGGCAGGAAUUGAUAAAGAAAUGAAGUCAUGUGUGUGUUUGGUUGCCUCUCAGAGGGCCCAUAAUCAUAAACGCCAUGCCCGGACAAUUUGAUAUUAAUCUUUAACACCUCUGCAUCUUUUCUUAAAAAAGAAUAUGGGCUGGGUGCAGUGGUUCACAUUUGUAAUCCCAGCACGUUGGGAGGCCAAGUUAGCAGAAUCGCCUGAGCCCAGGAAUCUCAGACCAACAUGGGCAACACAGUGAGAUCCCAUCUCUACAAAAAAAUUAAAAAUUAGCCAGGCAUGGUGGCAUAUUCCUGUAGUCCUAGGUACUCAGGAGGUUACGGUGGGAGGAUUGCCUGAGCCCAGGAGUUCAAGGCUGCAGUGAGCUAAGAAGGCACCACUGCAACUCCAGCCUGAGCCACAGAGUGAGACCCUGUCUCUAAGAAACAAAAAAAAAAAGAAAGUGGCUACUUCUCAUGAAGCCCAUAUUAAUGUUUCUGUGAAUAUGGUCUAAGAACUGUUGUUGGAAUGAAAUUGGAGUCUAGCACAAAUUAAGUUAAUCUACUCUGUAUUAAUCAUUGGGCAAAAGAAAAUCUUUAUUUGCAAACAGUCUUUUUCCUUCACCCACACUAAUAGAAAAAGGAGACUAGUUUGUUCAUACUGGAUUCCACUUGAGAUGAAAAGCAUGUUUUCUUCUUUGUUUCUGAUUUUUUAAAAACGCUUCUGGGCCAGUGCGAUCCACGUGUUGGUGCCUAAGCUGGGGGAAGGAGCUUCUUGGAGGGAAACAGCCACUGGGGCUGCACGGAGGGCCAAGUGGACCUUCCUUCCCAGGCCCCUUCACAGUCUAGAUGAGGAACCUAGCUUCAUUCUCAAAGACAGAAAAAAAGUAUUUGCUUUUCAACAUAGAAAGUGCAUAACCCCAGACGAGACUGAGCACGCUGUUCCAAUCCACUACAGCUCAUCUGCUUCAGGCCUGGCUUCUCCUGUCCCAUGUCCCAGAGCUGCAGGCCUGAGUCAUUCAGGUCCAUCACAUCUUCUGAGGGCCUAGGAGGAGCCGUCCUCAGUCACCCCAAGCUCUGUAAAAGGUGGAAACACUGCCAGCAUCUCAGUGCACCACUGUGUGGGCUCCACAUGGGGACAGCCCCGCCAAGCCGUGCCCUCAGAGGCUAUUGAGAUAGGGCAGGCAGGCUCCCUGUCCUCAUCUGGAUGGAAUGAAACAGAAGCUCACUGAGGCCAAGGGACUCAUGGAGGGCACAUCCCUGGUGGGGUCCCGGAGCCGAGUGCAGCUUGCCCCCACCACCGGUCUCUGUUAGGCCUCCUCCUGUCACUGCUGGAGUGGGGACUCUGACUCCUGUGUUCACCUCAGAGUGCAUGUACAGGACAUCCAGUCUAGAGGUGAGGCUUGACGACAACUUCUACUGAUACUUAGUAAGAUUUGUGGGAGAGCCAGUCUGGAGGAGGAGGAGGAGCAGCGCUCUCAGCCAGCAGGGGGAGUGAUGAUUAUCAUUUCAGGUAGCAAGGAUACAUAUAUCCUAGGUGGGGAAAUGAUUUGCAACUUUGUUUCCAGAGCAUUUUGAUUGGCUUCUUUUUCCUUUAAACCAAAAAAUGUUUUAAAUGUUUAAGGUCAUGUGAAGCAGCUUAGCUUCUGGCAAGACCGCAGAACUGUCCUCUGUGUCUGAGGGCUGGGCAGUGCCACAGGACAGUCUCUGGGCUCAGGACUGUCAGUUCUUGUCAUGGGAGGAAAUGAGGCCCCUCAAAAACCCAGUCAUCUUGUCAGAGGGCCCACUCCCAAGGAAGCCCUGAUUCGGGAAUCAUGCAGCCUCUCAUCCAGGCCUGCCGGCUCACUGAGGUGCCCCCAGAACCCUGAUCGCCCUCCCAUCUUUCUCUCUUCUCAUUCAUCACACAAGAGAAGUACCCACUGGCUAAAAGCUCAGCUGGGGCCGCAGCCUCCAAGGAGGCCUGCAAGUGAUGCUCCCAAUCCUGGUUCCCCUCAGGAGGGAGGCCCCAUCACAUGCAUCACUGCCACAGCUCUGCAAAGCCACCAGAGGCUUCUUAUUUUUGUGAAAGAUUUAUUAUAUGGCAAUAAAUCUGAAUGAUAAACUUUCA